AUGCAGAAAAAGCAUGAGGAACAAAAGGCAAGGCGCCGUAAAAAUGUGUAUGAUCACCAUAUGUCGCGUAAGGGAUACGCGGGAUUGAGAGAAGAGCUGUCUAAAAUCGAGCCGGAGAAGGAAAUCGAUAGAGCAACACUUUGGGUCAAAGCACGCCAAACCAAACAAGGAACUUUUAAACAUGAUGUGAUUAAAGAAACUGCUGAAAAAAUUGAGACACUGAAACGCAAGGAACGUGACGGUGAGCUAACCGUAAAUGGAAGUAACGAUGUGCUGACAUUAGCUUUGGGGACUCCGGAGCACACGGGAAGAGUUAGAGGCAUAGGGGGUUAUGUGUGUAACCCAAAUGGAUACUUCAACCUUCCAAAACGCAGAAAGGAGAGCGUUAAUGAGUCAAUGAGACAAAGUGUGAGGAAGAUACUUGAAGAAGAGAAACAGAAAUUGGAGGAUGAGUUGAGGGAGAAGAUAUAUGCUGAAGAGAGGGAAGAGAUAGCGGCCGAGGAGAGGGAAAAGAUAGCGGCCGAGGAGAGGGAAAAGAUAGGGGCUGAAGAGAGGGAAAAGAUAGCAGCUGAAGAAAGGGAAAAGAUAAUGGCAACUGAAAGGGCAAUCUUACUUUCUAGGAUUGAACAAUUGGAAGCAAGAGUUGAUGUAAGGAGCCAUGAGGCAGUUACCACUGUUGGAGUAGGAAAAGUUGUGGGCAAUGACCACACAUCUGGCCAAGCAAGUUGUUCACAUGCAAAAGAUUCAUGUCUUAAGGCUCCUGACAAACAAGACAAUGUUGUAGAAGAUGGCGCAAGGAAGAAGACUUCAAAGGUCAAGGAGUCGAACAUUGAUUUUGAAGCAGCAAUUGAAGAAGUUACCCAUGAAGAUAAUGCCGGGAAGAAUCAAUUGCAUAUUGAUAGGGUGAUAAAUGAUAAAGAGGAAAUAGAAUCGGUGGAUUUGACCUUGCUUGAUCAAAGAACAAAGGUAAAUCCUACUGAGAAGAAAUGCAAGUUAGCAUUGGGUUCAACUGACCAUAUUGUUGCUCUUGCUACGGUUAUCACAAGCGAUGGUCCAUUAGAAGUUUGUCAUGGGACUCCAUUGGGAGAUGACAGAUUACGUGUUUCUGUUUAUGCUGCUUUGGAGGAAAAGGCUGUGAUUCCAUUUGUUGUGGAAGAUGAGAUAACAACAGUAAAGCAAGCGAUGGGGAGCUGGGUAAUGUGGCCAAAAAAACUGAUCAUAUUUGAUGAAAAGAAAAAAACAAGUGGUAAAGCAAGUAGGAAGCAGAAAAGGAAUCAUUUUGCGGAAGAUGUAGAAGAAGAGUUUGACUUGCAGUCACUCGAAUCAAGCUUGCCAGCCGCAUUGCAGAAGUUAUAUGAGUGGGGAAAAGAAGGAUUCAAAGAUCGGAAAGCUGUUUGCUUUUAUAAAGAAGAGCCCGUAUUCGGUAUUAAUGCUAAGAGCUAUCUACUUGGCUUGGAUGUUAAAAGGCUUGCAAACAUGGCGGAAGUAACAGGAACCAUCAUAGUGCUGUACAUGAGGUACUUAUAUGAUAUGCUAAAAAAGUCCAAAAUGGUAGACAUGGUUGGUUUCGUUGACCCAGCCUUGACUGGUGAGAUAGGGUGUGGGAGUGCAACAACGAGGUCCCGAAGUAUAAAAGAUCGCCUCAUAAGUGCUUCUCCAAACCAGAUUUUCUUAGUGCCUUACAAUGCAUCUGCUCAUUGGGUAUUAACUGUGAUCGAUCCGGACAAUGACACUGUCUAUUUCAUGGAUCCAUUAAAAAGACGCCUUGGAGGUAACGGAGAAUGGAAAGAUAUUGUUGACACUGCCAUAUCAAUGUUUAGAGCGGACCGCAACAAGAAAGGACGAGGUUUUCCUCAAUGGAAGAACAUGGCAGGUAUUCCAUCACAGCCAAAUGACAAACAGUGUGGCUAUUUUGUGAUGAGAUAUAUGAGGGACAUCAUACAUGAUACAAACUUGGGUUUUGCAGAAAAGUGGGGUAGGAGAGCUAACCAUGUUUAUAGUCAAGUGGAAAUUGAUGAAGUCCGUAAUGAGCUCGCAAGUUAUGUGUUGAAGAACAUCCUGAAGUUGUAAAGUCUGCAGUUGCUCAUGGCCUACGCCCUCUAAUGUGAAAUAGGCAAGAAAUGUGUUUUUGUGGUCUGAAGUGAUGAUUUAAAGUACAUUUCUUCACUUAUUUUGCCAUUGGAGUAGCAUAUAUAG